CCAAGCGUCUCCAUCGCCCACCAACAUCAUGUCCACCAACCGGAUACACAAGGUGUUCCUGUACAGCUUGGCCAUCUCGCUCAUAGCCAUCUUCAUAACGCUCGCCAGCAAAGUGUUCCCGAUCGCCAACCUACCCCUCAGCACAAACCUAAUUAUCGUUGGCACCUGUCUAGCAAACUUUGCUUCCGUCGUAGCGCUGAUUGUCGGUAUUGUAACGCGCCGACCUCGAUUGGUGAAGAUCGUUAAAAUCUUUAGCUACGUACAGCUGGGUGCUAUUUUCGUACUGAUCUGCCUUGCCGCGGCCCUGCUGUACUUCGUGAAGGUAGACGUGGAACACACCGUCGAGCCGGUAGUGCGACAGAAAACGUGACAGAGUCGUUGACCGAUGCCGAUGGGGGUGAGAUGAGUUAUGGGACGUACGCAGCGGACGG